AUGGCGGAAAUUGAGCCAAUCACCCUCCGCCUACCCUCGAAAUACGCCAAUGGAAAAGUUCAAGACAGCGAGGCUCACCCACCGCCUCCCGUGGAUUGGCUAGAAAGAUCAUGGAGCGUCACGCAUUCAACGCUCUCAAUGUGGCGGUCGGCGCGCAACGUGCGCAUCAGCUACGCGAAGAUGGCCCCAGCAGGUGAUGGGACCACCCGUAUCGACGACCUGGUCGAGUACGAGCCGCUGGACAAGACGGGCGUGCUGAAAAACGUCACGGGCGUGGAUUCGCAGGAUCCAAAGUCCGGAUGGAACUGGCGAGGCAAAGGUUGGCUGUUUUUCGUCACGUCCCACUGGGAGGUUAUAGGCUGGGGUGAGGCGAAAACCCCAGAUGGGACCGUGGAGAAGUGGGCUGUGACGUGGUUUGCGCCAACUGUCUUUACAAAAGAGGGUUUAGAUAUUUACUGCGAUCAAAAGCAGGGCAUCAGUGAAUCUACCCUUGGUAAGAUCAUGGAGGGUUUGAAGGGUUUAGAGGCGAGCACAUUGGUCGACAUGGUUGAAAAGGAUAUGCGCCCUGUUGAGAUCAAACUUCCAUGGGUUGAAAGCUCGAAGAAGUAG